AUGGGCCCCCGUACCGACUCCUCAUGCUGCUGCCAGGCCCGUAAUCUGUCAUGGGCCCCUGUACCGCCUCCUCAUGCUGCUGCCAGGCCCGUAAUCUGCCAUGGGCCCCCGUACCGACUCCUCAUGCUGCUGCCAGGCCCGUAAUCUGUCAUGGGCCCCUGUACCACCUCCUUAUGCUGCUGCCAGGUCCAGAGUGUGUCAUGGGUCCCUGUACGGCCUCCCAUCGCUGCUGUCUCCAUCGCCACACUCUGCCAUGUGCCACUUUCAGGUCUCCUCACACUGCUGGUGGGUUCCAUUUUGUCAUAGGGUGCUGGCAGAUUACGGGCCUCCCAUUGCUGCUGCCAGGCCCGUAAUCUGCCAUGGGCCCCCGUACCGACUCCUCAUGCUGCUGCCA